AUGGAGCUUCAAGAAAAGUACAUUUCCAAAGAUAACAAGUUUCAAUUAUAUCUCGAAAAGAGAAGAGUGACAUUGGUUCAAGUGUUGUUGGAAGGGUUAAAUGAAUGGGUUCAUUCAAUUUCUCCAAAUGAAGUGGUACUUUUAUUAAGCGACGUGUAUGAUCAGUUGAAUACGAUUUGUCGAGUGAAUGGAGCUUCUCAAAUUUCUUAUCUUGAGAAUGAUUCUCUGAUUAUUGCACUGAACGCGACACGAGAUCAACAAAAGCAUGAAGAAAAGGGAGCUAUAUUCUGUCACAUGUUGAAUGAAAAAUUAUUAGGACUCAAGUACAUGAAAUGGAGAAAUGAGAAAUCACAAACUCAUGGCGAUAGAAUGAAUUUUAGAUUUUCUAUUGUCACUCAAGAGGGUCUGUGUGGAAAUGUUGGAAGUCAAGAUAUGAAACAAUUUAGUGUGUUGAGCAGUGGAAGGCAUAAUUUGGGCAUGUUGAUGGAUGUGGCAAAGCAUUUGAAUGUGAACAUGGUUUGUUCUGAACCUGUCAAGAAUGGUUGUGCAAAGACAUUUAAUUUGCGAUACAUUGACACUCAGAAUCUAGUGGAUGACAUGUUUAUCAACAGUUUUGGAAGUGUGGCGAGUGUUUCAUGUAAUAUUCCACAGAGCCAGGUUCACAUUUAUGAGAUUGGAGCCAAGCUUCAAGUAGAGAACGAUGAAUGGAUGUAUGAAUUAUCACAAAAGGAAAAGAAGAAUGAGUGGAAUGAAUAUAAUAAUGCAACUCUCUUGUUUUUUGAAACAAGAUAUCAAGAAGCAUUGGAAUUGUUUCAAAAGUUUUAUCAGUCCAAAACCAAUGAUAAGCCAACUGAGAAUAUGAUUCAAAGAAUCGAUUAA